UCCCCGCCAUUGCCGACCUCCCCCUCCCCGUCCUCACCCCCGCCACCGGGCUCUUCCUCCUCGUCCCCUCCGUCGCCGCCGGCGCCUUUCUUCGACGGCGGCGGAAGCGGAAGCGGAAGCGGAAGCGGAAGCGGAAGCGGAGGGAGUUCGCAGACGACGCCGUCGACUCCGUCUACGCCGGGGAGGCCUGCGGACAGAUCGCCGCCUUCCACGCAUUCGUCGUCACCGUCGUCGCCGCCGAUCUCUACGCCGCUAGUUGUGGGGUUGGCUGCUGGAGGGGUGGUGGUUUUGCUGCUGCUCAGUGUGAUUUGUUUUUGCUGCUUGAAGAGGAGGAAGGAGAGGCGGCCUCCGUCCUAUGCGGGCCCACCGCAGCCUCUCAAAGAUGAUCUCUAUACGACUCCACAACAAAAAUGGCAACAAAAUGCUCCGCGGCCACCAACAGAACAUAUGGUCCAAAUGCCUCCAUAUCCUUCUCCUCCUCAACCCUCGCCCUUCUCUUCUCAACCUCCACAUUCACCCAUCAACCCCCACUCAGCUCCAACCUCCCAACCAAUGAUAAACAGCAGUGGAGGUUCCGGGUCAAACUAUUCACUAUCUGAUUACCCAAUUCAAUCAUCAUCACCGAGCGUAUCCUAUGGUUUUUCAAAAAGCACCUUUACGUAUGAAGAAUUAGCAAUGGCAACGGAUGCUUUUUCUGAUGCCAAUUUACUUGGGCAAGGUGGAUUUGGAUAUGUGCAUAGAGGAAUGCUUCCCAAUGGGAAAGAGGUUGCGGUGAAGCAGUUGAAGGCUGGAAGUGGGCAGGGAGAGAGAGAGUUUCAGGCGGAGGUUGAGAUUAUAAGCCGUGUGCAUCAUAGGCAUUUGGUUUCUUUGGUUGGCUAUUGCAUCUCAGGAGGGAAGAGGCUUCUUGUUUAUGAGUUUGUUCCGAAUAAUACGAUGGAGUUUCAUUUGCAUGGUAAAGGUAGACCAACCAUGGAUUGGCCUAUCAGAUUAAAAAUCGCUCUGGGUUCUGCCAAAGGCUUGGCGUAUUUACAUGAAGAUUGUCAUCCUAAGAUUAUCCAUAGAGACAUCAAAGCAGCUAACAUUCUUCUUGAUUUUAACUUUGAGGCAAAGGUUGCAGAUUUUGGGCUAGCAAAAAUUGCAUCAGAUACCAACACCCAUGUUUCCACCAGAGUCAUGGGCACUUUUGGGUACCUUGCACCAGAAUAUGCAUCUUCAGGGAAACUCACUGACAGAUCUGAUGUAUUUUCUUAUGGUGUUAUGCUUCUGGAGCUAAUAACUGGAAAACGUCCUGUUGAUUCGAACCAUUCUUUCAUGGAUGAUAGCUUGGUAGAUUGGGCAAGACCUUUGCUUACAAGAGCGCUUGAAGAGGGCAUCCACGAAUCCCUUGUUGACUCAAAGCUGGGCAAUAACUACAAUUCAAACGAGAUGGCACGUAUGAUUGCCUGUGCCGCUGCUUGUGUUCGUCACUCAGGAAGACGCCGUCCUAGGAUGAGUCAGAUAGUUCGCGCCUUAGAAGGAGAUGUAUCUCUCGAAGACCUAAACGAAGGAGUUAGGCCAGGACACAGCAGAGUUUAUGGCUCAUAUGGAAGUACCACAGACUAUGACUCAGGUCAAUACAAUGAAGACAUGAAAAAAUUCAGAAAAAUGGCCCUUGCAAGCCAAACUUAUGCUAGCAGCGAGUACAGUGCUCCAACCAGUGAAUAUGGCCAAAAUCUCUCAGCUUCGAGCAGCGAAGGCCAACAAACACAAGACAUGAAGGGGAGUGGUAUUAAUAAAGAUAGCAGAGGAUUCAGCUUGUGAUUCUUGGGCUGGUAGAGGCAUUGUACAAUUGAAGUGUGGUGUUUUCUUUCAUUGGUUUAUUUGUGAGAAGAAAGGAGUACAGGGUUUUUUCGAUGUAUGUAUGUAUGUGUUUUAAAGAAUAAUUCAAAGCUAUUGAUCAUUCUUUUCAUGAGUUU